GAACCCUGAGGGCCCCCAACCGUGCGUUCUGGGUGGCUCAGCCCCCGCCCAGGAGUUGGUGGAAGCCUGGGAAGAAGUCUGUGCUAGUCCUGCCAUUCUCCAAAAGAAGGAUCCUGAGGAGGACAGAAAAAUUGUUGUUGCACAUCUAAAAGUACAGAUCAGGGGACCUCCGUGGCGAUAAAUGGAUUUUAUGCUGUAUGCUUCAUACCAGCUCUGUCCAGUAGAACUUUCUGUGAUGAUGGCCCUGGCUUCUCUGUACUCUGUGCUUUUCCAGUGGAGAGAGCCCAAAGAGGACUAACAAGGUCUUGCAGGGCUAUAACCAUGGCCUAUAUGUCCUUGGCAUUCAAGGAUGUGGCCAUAGACCUCUCCCAGGAGGAGUGGGAGUGCCUGGACCAUGAUCAGAGGACUUUGUACAGGGAUGUGAUGUUGGAGAACUAUAGCAACUUGGUCUCAUUAGGAUGUUCCACUCCUAAGCCAGACGUGAUUACUUUAUUGGAGCAAGAGAAAGAGCCCUGGAUGGUAAUGAGAGAAGGAACGAGAAGUUGGUACACAGACUUGGAGUCUAAGUAUGUCACCAAGGAGUUAUUUCCAGAAAAGGAUAUUUGUGAACUAUAUUUAUCUCAGUUGCAGACAAUGGACAAAAGUAAAACUUACACCCAUGAGGACACCAUUUUCAGAAGUGAUUUGCAGUGUAAACAUGAGUUGGAGAGACAAAAGGGACAUCAAAUGAAAUGUGUUAGUCAAAUGAUAAUCCAAAAACAUACAUCUCUUCCACUACAUCAGAAGAUUCAUGCUAGAGAGAAAUCAUACGAAUGUAAGGAAUGUUGCAAGGCUUUUAGACAGCAGUCAUACCUUAUUCAACAUCUGAGAAUUCAUACCGGUGAGAGACCCUAUAAAUGUCAGGAAUGUGGGAAGGCCUUUUGUCGUAUGGGGGACCUUCGAGUACAUCAGACAAUUCAUGGUGGAGAGAGACCCUAUGAAUGUAACGAUUGUGGGAAGACCUUUAGACUUCAUUACCACCUUACUGAACAUCAGAGAAUACAUUCUGGUGUGAAACCCUAUGAGUGUAAAGAAUGUGGGAAGGCCUUUAGUCGUGUUCGAGACCUUAGAGUACAUCAGACAAUUCAUGCUGGGGAGAGGCCUUAUGAAUGUAAAGAAUGUGGGAAGGCCUUUAGACUUCAUUAUCAACUUACUGAACAUCAGAGAAUUCAUACAGGUGAGAGGCCUUAUGAAUGUAAGAUUUGUGGAAAGACCUUUAGGGUACAACGACAUAUUAGUCAACAUCAGAAGAUUCAUACUGGUGUAAAACCCUAUAAAUGUAAUGAGUGUGGGAAGGCCUUCAGUCAUGGCUCAUACCUUGUUCAUCAUCAGAAAAUUCAUACUGGUGACAAACCCUAUGAAUGUAAAGAAUGUGGUAAGUCCUUUAGUUUUCAUGCGGAACUUACUCGACAUCAUAGGAUUCAUACUGGUGAGAAACCCUAUGAAUGUAAGGAAUGUGGAAAAGCCUUUCGUCUCCAAACAGAAUUGACUCGGCAUUGUAGAAUUCAUACUGGGGAGAAACCCUACAAUUGUAAGGAAUGUGGGAAGGCCUUUAUUUGUGGCUAUCAACUUACUUUACAUCUUAGAGCUCAUACCGGUGAGAUUCCCUAUGAAUGCAAGGAAUGUGGGAAAACCUUCAGUAGUCAGUAUCAUCUUACCCAACAUUACAGAAUUCAUACUGGUGAGAAACCCUAUGGAUGUAAAGAAUGCGGGAAGGCCUUUCGUCUUCAAGCAGAACUGACUCGACAUCACAGGAUUCAUACUUGUGAGAAACCCUAUGAAUGUAAGGAAUGUGGGAAGGCCUUUAUUCGUAGCAAUCAACUUAUUUCACACCAGCGAAUUCACAACAGUGAGAAUACCUAUGAAUGCAAGGAGUGUGGGAAGACUUUUAGUCGUCGCUACAAUCUCACUCAACAUUAUAAAGUUCAUACUGGUGAAAAACCCUAUGUAUGUAAAGAAUGUGGAAAGGCCUUUCGCUUUCAAACAGAAGUUACUCAGCAUCACAGAAUUCAUACUGGUGAAAAACCCUACAAAUGUCAGGAAUGUGGGAAAGCCUUUAUUCGUAGCAAUCAUCUUUCUCAACACCACAGAAUUCAUACUGGUGAGAAACCCUAUGAAUGUAAAGAAUGUGGGAAGGCCUUUAGUCGUCACUAUCACCUUACUCAACAUCACAGAAUCCAUACCGGAGAGAAACCCUACACAUGUAAUGAAUGUGGGGAUGCUUUUAUUUGUAGUUAUCAACUUACCUUACAUCAAAGAAUUCACACUGGUGAGAUUCCCUAUGAAUGUAAGGAAUGUGGAAAGACUUUUAGUCGCCGGUAUCACCUCACUCAACAUUUUAGACUUCACACUGGUGAGAAACCUUAUGGGUGUAAAGAAUGCGGGAAUGCCUUUCGUCUUCAAGCAGAACUUACUCGACAUCACACAGUUCAUACUGGUGAGAAACCCUAUAAGUGUAAAGAAUGUGGGAAAGCCUUUAGUGUUAAUUCAGAACUCACACGACAUCACAGAAUUCAUACUGGUGAGAAACCCUAUAAAUGUAAAGAAUGUGGGAAAGCCUUUAUUCGUAGUGAUCAACUCACUUUACAUCAGAGAAAUCAUAUUAGUGAGGAAACCCUAUGCAUAAUGUAAAAAGGAUACAGUGGCCUUUAGAAAAUGCCUUUUAUAACAACAGUAAAUACAUAUUUGAUUUAAGAAAAAUUUUGCUUGUUAGGGAACAUGUGGGAAUCCCUUUUGCUUCAUGCUCAAAACUGAACUGAGAAAUAGUUUUACACUAUCUAUCUAUCUAUCUAUCUAUCUAUCUAUCUAUCUAUCUAUCUGUCUAUCUAUCUAUCUAUCUAUCUAGAUUUAAAGGGCUUGAAAAAUUGUAGCAUUACCCAGUCUUGGUUAACUUUUGCAGACUGAUACUGGUACAGUGCACGCAAACCAAGAUGAAGGAUGUCUUCCCCCCAAAAAAACUGUUGUUGACCAAUACUUUGCUAAGAACAAUGAAAUUGGGUAACCAUGAAAAAUGAAAUUGAAAGACAAACAGACGUACAAAAUGAAAGUCCCAAUUUUUUAUGACUGGAUUUAACAGACAUAAAUUAGUUCUGUUGUGUUUAUGUAAAUGUCUCUAAAUGUUUGCUCUCAGUGUUUGUACCUUAACUCAUGGCAGACCAGAAGCAAACAAUCUGUGGACCAGCAUCAGUACGUGGACCACACUUUAUAUAGCAUUAUAACAGAAAAUAAUUCUGUUAAUGUAACAGAUGUGGGGAAAGAUGUUAGCCAUAGCGUAUCUUUACUGUAAUUCUCAUAAUUCCACCUCUGCCUGUGUGGUAUUGGCAAAACACUCCUCCCUUCUGUGCCUCAAUUUUAAAGAGGUAACUAGAAUAUCUACCUAAUAGUACUUUUGUUAAGGAUGAAGUGUUAAUAAAAAACAAAACCUAUAGAAGAGAAUGUGUUUAUAUGCAUUAUUUUUAUCAAUAGUGAUAUUAGGUAAAUUCACGUGAGAGGAUGACCCUAUGAAUGUAAAGAAUUUGUAAAAACUGCCCAUUACCUUUUACUUCUUAAAUGAAUAAUUAUGGAUAAAAUCUAGUAACACAAACUUUCAUUCCUAAAAACAGCACUCAUUUCUGAAAACUAAGGUGAGAAAGAAAUCUCCAGAACUGAUGAAUGUGGACAUUAAGAGAGUAAAGCGUUUGAAGAAUCAGGGAGAGCUGUAAUGUUUUUUCUUUUAUAAAAGAAACAUGUAACAUGUCCUUAAGCAGACAUAUUACAGUCUGCUUUUUCUGCCCCAAAUUCAUGAUAAAUUUGAAAGUAACAAUGAAAAAGGCCACUGUCCACUUGGAAAAAAAUAAAAGAAUAGUACAAUAAAUGCUGGUAUGCCUUCUCUAGAUUCAGUUAUUAUUAAUAUGUUGUCAUAUUUGGUUUGCUUCUGUAUAUUUUUGAUAUAUAUUUGCUGUAGUAUUUGAUGGUAAAUUAUAGACAUCAUGACAUUACACCUUUCUACAUAUAUCAUGCAAUGCCUAAGAAUAAAAGUUGUGUUCUACUUAAUCACUAUAUAACUGCACACCUAAGGAUAUUAACAGCAAUUCCACAAUCCAUAAUAUUACAGACAGAUAACCAGUGCCUUAACCCAACAUAUCGGAAAGAGUGUCUCUGGGAACAGUAGUAUUUAAUGGUACUUAAAAAAUGUUCUGUGCUCACGGACUUAGGAAGUUCUGAAUACUAAAAGCCCUUCUAGGGGAAAAAAAAUGCUUGUUUUCAGGCUAUCAAAGGACUUGAGUCCUACAAUAAAGAAAAUUUGUUGUUCUUUGUUUAUCUUCUACUGUAACUCAUACCUUACCAAGGAAGUCCCAUUCACAAUACCUAAUACUGAAAAUGCUGCCAUAACCCCCCAAAAAGUGACCCCAACGGAUGGACUGUCCAGAUAUCCUGGCAGAUGCUUAGCUAUGUUGAGAAAGGAAGUGCAUGACAUACUUCUCUGCUGCUCACAUCUUCCUCUGCAGUCAGCUGCUUGCUAACCGAAUGUAGGGCUGAUACUUUUCUACAAAAUUAAAACCCACUUGGUCCAGUUUUUUAUAUGAACAAAGCAUAAUGUAUUUAAAACAUCUUUUUUUUUUUUAGUGUUUAGGUUUAGCAAUUUUUCACUAUUUCAGAUAUACUUCAGUGAAUAUCCUUGUCUGUGACCAUUGGUUGGUGUGAGCUGGAAUGUCUCUCAUUCUAUACAUGUGGGAGUAGACUUGAGCAUACAUUUUAUACUCUUUCCGUUAUGUUAGAUAUUGCUGAAUUGCUCAUGGGUUACGUACACUUCCAGUUGUACUAGAUAUUGCCAGAUAGUUCUCUUAGACUCCUAUCAAAUUGAGUAUUCCAACAUCCUCACCUUAGAUAUAUGUUUUAAUAUAUUUUUUCAUAAAUUUCAAUUUUAAUUGAGCGUAUUUUUCAAACAUGUUUCUUGGCCAAUCAUUAUUUCUUUUCUUUGACUUUCCUAUUCUUGACUU